CUUAGAGGAAGUAGUUCAUUUCACUUGCUGAGCUUUCAAUGAGGAAAUAGUUACAGCAUCUACAGUAAAUGUUCUCUCUGUGUGUUUGUUGCUGUUAUGUGCCUCCAACCAUCCUGAUCUGAUUUGAACAUAUUCUCAUUCAAAGCAAGGCAGAACUGAUUAAGGUCUCAGGUGCAAGGCCAGUUCAAGGCUGUGCUGUUUUCCUCUGCAUCCAACCCCACCAUCCUCCAUCUUCCUGUUUCCUUCGCCCCCCUCCCCAUUUAAAUUGAGACAAGAAAGAGGAGAAAAAGACACGCAGACUGUUCCCCGUGGGAUUGCACACACCCAUAAAGGGCAGCGGUGGCAUUUGCUGUGUGAGAAGCAUCCCCUUCAUCAAUUCAGAACCCCAGGAUGGGUUGCAGCAUAAAAUAUUAAUACUAUUAAAACAAGACCAUUCAUAUGAAGUCAUUCAAGCACCAGAUGGAAAGGUACAACACGGCGGAUGGACAACCAAUUUCCAACUGGCAAUAUUAGACAGUUGGAAAUUCCACAUCCAUCUUUCAGACAGGCAAACUCACAGUAUUCAUCAUGACUGAGGAAGAUCUUGUGGCAGUCACCGAAUAUGCCUAUGAAGAAGCAGCUUCCCUGUGUGAGAAAAUGGACAUCCAGACAUUUGGCAAAAUCUUUCUGCCUAUACUGUAUGCCCUGGUGUUCACCAUAGGGCUAGUGGGAAAUUUCCUGGUGAUUUUAACCAUCGUGAAAGGCGGGCGUCAAAAUAGCAUAACUGACAUAUUUCUCUUAAACCUGGCCAUCUCUGAUGUUCUCUUUGUUGUGUCUCUUCCUUUUUGGGCUUCUUAUAUUGUACGUGGAUGGACACUUGGGAAUCUUUCAUGCCAAAUAGUUUCUUCUUUCUAUUCUGUAGGAUUAUUUGGGGGCAUGUUUUUUAUCACUGUCAUAAGCUUUGAUAGGUAUUUAGCUAUUGUCUGUGCAACAUGCCUUAUGAAGACCAGAACCAUCAGAUGUGGCUAUCUCGUUAGCCUUGUAAUCUGGGCAAUGGCAAUUUUAUUUGCAGCCCCCCAGUUUGUGUUCAUCCGAAAGUCAGAAAGUGAGUGCACAUCUCUGUAUCCAGAACAUCUUCAGGAUAUCUGGCCAAUUGUCAUCUACGCAGAAAAUAACAUAAUUGGUUUUCUUCUCCCACUGUGUAUCAUGACUUUCUGCUACCUGAUGAUCAUCAAAACCUUGAUCUCCUGCAAAAAUCACCGGAAAAAAAGAGCCAUAAAACUAAUUUUACUGGUAGUUAUUGUGUUUUUUCUGUUCUGGACCCCAUACCACAUAUCACUUUUUCUGCAGAUAUUAAGGUUCUAUGACUUUUUUCAGAACUGCAGCUCCUUAAGGCUUUUAGAUUACACCAUGCAAGUGACUGAAUCACUAGCUUUCAGUCACUGCUGUCUUAAUCCAAUUAUCUAUGCUUUUGCUGGUGAAAAAUUCAGAAAGAAGCUUGCUCACUUGGUUCUCAAAUGCCUCUCAUUCAUUUGUUUCUGUGGGCAUAGCAUUGAGUAUUGCAGUAGAGCUCCCACUCCCAUACCAGAGACCAGCAACCAGACACAGAAUACUAGUGACCAAGAUGGAUCCAUCCUUCUAUGACUGUUUACUAGUGGAUAAUACUGGAGAAUAUUUUGCCUAAAUGUGAGGAAAUGCAUAGGACUGGAUCCAGAGAUCGGCCCAAAGAGAAUCUGGCAGGGGCAUCCCCUGUGAGAAGAGCAAAAGGUGACUCCAUGCAGUUUCCUGCCAUCUUCUUCUUCUGCCCCCUACCCCACAGCCUACCCCAGCAAGGUCUCUGGACUCUUGGGGAACAUUUUUUGCAAGCUUUGGGAACUGAUCGGGAGAGAAGGGGGCAGGAACCCACUUUCCAUCUGCCUGCUUCUAUGGGUAUAUCUCUGGAUCCAACCCAUUGUUUCUCUUACAGCAUGUAGCUGUCUGUAUUGGAUGUAUUUUAUUUAGAGCCAGAAAUGUUGUAAAUACAUUAAACACUUGUGUACAUUCCUGCUUUACUUAUUAGUGUGGAACUAUGCAUUUAUGAUUAAUUAC